AUGCACGGCCCCAAAUCUCCCAACAAGGCUGAGCAUCAGCAGCUCCACAACGUUUCACACUUGGGCUUCGUUGCGCUUUCAACUGAAGUUGCUGUGCUUGAGACAACUUCUUCAGAGGCCGUUGUUGACCAAGCUCCUUCGUCUGCUACUUCUGAAGUGCAUGCGGAGAUCCCGACUACUACUGCUGACGAGGAGACGACUCAGAUCAAUGUUGCUCCUGCUUCAUCUGAGGAGAGCAGUCAGGAAGUAAAGCCUACAAUGAAUGUUCCUCCCGCAUUUGGAACAACGGAGUCUGCUGGUCCUGGUGUUGAAUCCUCUUCGCAACCCGAGCAGUUGCCUGAUACUGCUACCACCAACAAUGACAUCCCCGCUAACACCGCCACUGGCCAUCCAGUGUUCCCCAACCCCACCACUCAAGAGACUGAGCUUGGUACCCAGUCUACUGACGCUGCUUCUGUGGACCAUACCUCAACGGAACUUGUUGGUGCUCCCUCUAAGGCUCCUACCGACACCACUGGUGCUGUCACGGAUAUCGCGCCUCCUGCUGCUUCUACUGAGCCUACAAUCCAGACCGCUGAGCCGACGACUCAGCUCCCUGCCGCAGAGGCCACUACUGAGACCUCUGCGGCUGCUAAUCCUACCACUGACAAAGGACCUGAGGUCUCGACCGACUCCGGUCCCACCCCCGUCAUCGACAUUUCUACUGAGGUGAAUGCCCCUGAGGUUUCCACUUCUGAGGAGGCUCAAGUCCCUGUCGAGUCCACCACCGAUAACAAUGAGCCAACGACCGAGGAGAAGCCAGAGCCCGAGCCUACCACUGAUUCCAAGGAGGCCGAUAAGCCCACCACUCAGGGCCCUGGCCCUAAGCCCACGACCGAGGAUGCUGACUCAAAUGAGCCAACAUCGAAGUAUGAACCUGGCCAGACCGGUACUCCCAACGAGCCUGAGAAGACUACUGCCCCUCCCAAGCCGACCACAACUGAGGAUGGCAUCGUAACUGGUUCCAACGGCGCUGUUGUGACUUAUCUCCCUGAGCAGGACAAGGACUACUCUGAUUUCACUGGUACCACGACUACUACUGACGACGGUGGUGCUGCUAUUGUUAUAUUCCCUGGUGGUUGGUUCUGGAAGCCUUCUGGUAACCUCCCUGCUGGUAUCCUGCCCCCUCCUCCUGGUACCAACCCUGCUGGAGCUGGCGGUGGUACCCCUGGUGGCGGUGGUGAGGGAGAAGGUGAAGAUGACAAGAACGAGACUAAGAAGGAAGAUGAAGAGCAGUCCACCAAGGAGGAGGAGAAAUCUACCGCUGAGCCCUCCACCGCGGAGACAACUACCAAGACGACUGAGGCUACCACUACUACCGAGGCUUGCUCCGCUGUUGAGAUUGAGGACUGCACCAGGACUAUCUCGUACUAUACCACCGAUGGAACCGUUACUCACACCGAGUUUGGCGACUGUCCUACCGUCGCUAGUUGUGCAACUGGUACACAAGCUACCUCCACCGAAACCGUGUCGGCUGAGGCUGAGGAAGGUGAGGAGCUCGAUAUUGAAGAGCUUGACAGCGAUAUUCCUGAUGAUUUUGACUCUGAGCCUGAUGAGGACACUGUCGAAGCGCUUGAGGAUGCUUUGGAUGAGGGACUUGGUGUUGGAGCUACCACCACUGAGGAACCUACUGCUUCGUCUACUGGUACUGAGACUCCUGGUGAGGCUACUUCUACUGAAGCUGAGACUACCAGUGACGCCAAGACUGAGGAGACGUCUUCAGAGGGUACCACUGAGCGAACUACUACCAUUCCUAGCACUCUCAUCACCACUACCCGCAACACAGAGUCUUCCAACGAGUCCUCCGGUACGACUUCAGACGGUACUACUACUGAACUCGCCUCUUCUGACAUGAUCACCUCUACCACUGCUACCACCACCAUGCGCACUUACUACCCCUGCAUUCCCUACGGCGGCCCUCGCGUUGAGACUCCCGCCUGUAACUGCGAGACCAGCAGCGACGGAGAGCGAUACGUCGUCACAGCGCCAAUGAUCUCAGGCCAGUGCGCAGACUACACCGAAUUCCCUAUGAGCUUAUACACCACUCCCCCUCCUGCACCUGAGCCCACUGUCUUCAACGAGCCUUUCACCCGCACUGACGCCGGCACUGUUUUCGUUUACGGGUCCUACUCGCUCAGCUACUUCGCCGUCAACACCAUCAAAGUCACCGCCACCGUCGGUCUCGGCGAAGCUUCUACUGUGUCAACACCUCUCCCUACUGCAACGAACUGGAACGGCGAUGGGUCGAGUAUCUGCAGCAGUGGUGACAAGAACGUUCGCAACGCUGUUGCUGGGGCUUGCGAAGCUGCGUUGAAUAAGUUUGAGGAUGAUACUGUGUAUACGGACUAUGUUUCUCGCUAUGAGCGCAUGGGAAGUAUUCUCAAGGUGCUUACUUUCGGAAAAGCUGGGUGUACGGUUCAGUUCUCUUGUGAUGACUAUGGUAUCGGGAUGAAGGGCAAGGAUAUUAAGGAUCUGCGCCGACAGCAAGAUGGCUUGACGCGUUGUGGCAACAUUGACUGGUCCAACUCGUGCAAGAUUCACAUUGACUACUGUACAGAGUGUCACCAUGAUGGCUGA